CAUUAUAAUUACUUGUACUAUCCAAAUCUAUAAAUAGUUGAAUAUUAUGGUAUACAAUCCAUGAAAAAGUCUUCUCCUUUACUAGUCAAUUAUUAUCCUCAAUAUUUAACAAACUAUUCAACAUUUUGACCAAGUUUUCCCUUCUUUUUUUGGCCUUUCCUUAGAUCUACCUUUGAACCACAAGUAUUUAUAUAUAUAAUCAACAACACCAACCACACCAUAUUAUUCAACAAACACAAGUUUCAACUCAAGAUCUUCAAAAAAAAAAAAAAAACAUGAUUUCCUUACAAAAGUCCUCUAAUCUUUCGUUAUUUUCGUUAAACUCGGUUUCUUCAAACAAAUCUAUAAUCACAAGUUCAAUUAGUGGUUCAAAAUACUUAAGGUACCCCAAAAUAACAGUCCCAAAACUACCAAAUCAAGCACAAAAACAAAUAUUCAUCGAUGAUUUUAACAAGCUUACAAACCUUCCUCUAAGAGAAGCGAAACCAAUUACCACCACAACCACGAAAAACACGAAAGAAGCUAUCAAAUUGUACACAAUCUUAGAAGCUGUUAAUGAUAGGAUUGAAAUGCAUCAAAACAUCGGAAACCAACGUGAGAAUUGGAACUCAUUGCUGUUAAACUCGGUUAACAUGAUCACCUUAACCGCGGUUACAAUGGCCGGUCUAGCCGAGGCUAGUGGGCCUAAUGGGUUAGGGUUAAAGGUGUCUUCAGCCUUACUCUUUGCUGCAGGCACCGGUAUCCUUUUAAUAAUGAACAAGAUUCAACCUUCUCAGUUGGUAGAAGAGCAAAGAAACGCGGUAAGGUUGUUCAAGAGGCUUCAAAAUAACAUCCAAACUACUCUUUCUAUUCGAUCACCAACUCAGGAAGACGUCGAGGAGGCCAUGGAGAGGGUGUUAGCCUUGGAUAGAGCGUACCCUUUGCCUCUCCUAGGCGCCAUGCUCGAUAAGUACCCCGAGAGUUUAGAGCCUGCUAUAUGGUGGCCAUCUAAGAAACAAUCAACUUCAUCACUAAAACACAAUUCUUCUAAAGGUAAUGAUGAGCAGAAUGGAUGGACUAGGGAAUUGGAGGAUGAUAUACGAGAAAUCGUAGGCGUGACAAAGAACAAAGAUGUUGAGGAUUAUGUUAGGUUAGGUAACAAGGCGUUGAAGUUGAGUAAAAUGUUAGCUGUCUCGGGUCCACUUUUGAGCGGUGUUGCAGCCGUGGGAGCUGCUUGUUUAGGCCAUGGUGGACCGUGGGGAGGAAUCGUGGCGGGUGUAGCGGGGUCUAUGGCUGUUGCAGUGAAUACUAUAGAGCAUGGUGGGCAAGUAGGAAUGGUGUUUGAAAUGUACAGAAAUUGUGCUGGUUUUUUUAAGCUCUUGGAAGAGACUGUAGAGUCUACCUUAGAAGAAGGGGACUUACAAAAGAGAGAAAAUGGUGAAGUUUUCGAGUUGAAGAUGGCUUUGCAUUUAGGUCGGAGCUUGUCUGAACUCAGGGAAUUCGCCAGUAAAUCAAGAAGAAAUGGAGGUUCUGUUGAUGAGUUUGCAAGCAAGCUAUUUUAAUCAUUUAGUUGUUGAACAAUUGUAAAUUGUAAUUAGGGAAUUCUUUCAUUCUUUUAUGAAUUUAAUUUGUUGAUAUGAUUAGGUGAUUUUGUAAAUGUAUGAACAUGGCAUUGUAUUUGUAUAUAGAACACGACCACACGUUUAGGGAAAUGUAUUUACUUGCAUGUACAUACAUGUGAAAGCAAGUUUAAUAUAUGUAGGUAUGAAAGCAAAAGCGAAAUAAGAACUUGUUAUUAAAAGC